UAAAAAAUCGACCGCCGUUUAAGCACCAUAUACUUCUCUAUACUUCCAUAUACUUCACGCAUUCACGCACGAUAUAUAUAACGUAUAUAAAUUACCGUACAUACUAGAACUAUACCGGAUUUAUUACAAAAUUCGAAUCAUUUACUUUUACAUCCCCUUGUGAACAAUUUUAGCCUUCGAUUAUCAUUGUGUAGAUUAUAUUAUCAUAGACUUUUAUUCUACGAUUAUCUUAUAAACUUGUAGUAGAGCUUCGACUGUGGAGUGUAAAACUUAUUAGAUUAUAGACUUAUUAUUCUUCGAUUAUAAUAGACUUAUAAAACUUUGAGCUCGGAGUGUUAAACUUAAAUUUUAUAAUAUUUGAUAAACUGUAUGUGUAGUAGAAGUGUGAGAGGAGUUCUAUGACCACGGUCGUAUUUAUGUUUAAGUGAAGGAUAUUUGGACAAAUUGAGAAAGUGGAAUAAAUUGGGUCUCUGCUACAACUUUUUGUUUUUAAUUGUUGACGACUCCUACUUCCAAAAUGGCGACGAAAGAAAGAGGGAAAAUUGCUCUUUGUUCGAUAUUCUUCUUCAUCCUCCUCGUGAGGUGUACAUCGGCGGCCUUAGUACAGCGACGACAGAUCCUGCGCGAAAUAUCGGCGGAGACCGUGGCCCCCGUGGAGCGUAUCACCAUAAUGGAUGGGAACACGGUGCUUGACCUGUCACCAGAGGAGACCACCACGCAGGAGGUCACCACUCCGAGCACCACCACACUCAAGCCGUACUGCUCCUCCAGCGAGCCCUGCGGUUGGGCCGUCUACACCAAAUUCACACGACUGUUUGAGUACUACAUGGCAAAUGUUUGUCGUUGUCCCUCCCACAAGCACUGUCACCGGACCAGGGAAGACCUGGUAAACAAUGCUUACGUGUACACAUGCAUCAAGGAAGAAACAGACGAGACAGAUGCCUGGAUACAUCCGCCCACACCCGAGCCUCCGACCAAACCAUAGAACCAUAAAUGGCUCCAAGAACACUUCGAUCUAAUCAACCAAAGAGCAGCUGAGAAAGCUGCCAAGGAAGCUGCCGAACGCAAAGCUGCCAAACUGGAAGCGAAAAUCGCCCGUGCCAAGGCCAGAGCCAAGGCCAAGUACGCCAAGGACAAGGCUGCGGCUGAAGCGAAAGAGAAGAAGACUGCUGCUGACCAGGAUGAAGCCAUUCAAGGGAACACAACUGCUGAAACAGGACUGGAUAACUUCAACGCAUCAAUCCCAAAUUUGGAAAAAUCAGAAUCCGAUGUAGCAAACACAUCUGCAAACACAGCUUCAGAGACUGGAAGAUCAGUCAAAGUGGAACUGGAACAUGAUACAUCCAACCAAGGAAAGGCAUUUGCUGAAACAGGUUUGAUCAUUACCGAUGUAGUGAUUCCAGAUUUGACCAAAGUGGAACCCGAUGUAGCAAACACAUCUGCAAACGCAGCUUCAGAGUCUGGAAGAUCAGUCAAAGUGGAACUGGAACAUGAUACAUUCAACCAAGGAAAGGCAUUUGCUGAAACAGGUUUGAUCAUUACCGAUGUAGUGAUCCCAGAUUCGACCAAAGUGGAACCCGAUGUAGCAAACACAUCUGCAAACGCAGCUUCAGAGUCUGGAAGAUCAGUCAAAGUGGAACUGGAACAAGAUACAUCCAACCAAGGAAAUGCAACUGCUGAAACAGGACUGAACACAGUGAUCCCAGAUUUGGCCAAAUCAGAACCGGAUUGCAUCUGCAACUGCAACACAACCAUAGCUUCAGAGUCAGCAAAAGCAGAACAGGAUACAGCACAGAACAGAACGGAACUGGACUCUGCAAAUACAGUGAUCCCAACUGUAGCCAAAUCAGAACCAGUUAACACUGAUGCAGAGAACACAACAACUGUGAACGCAACUUCUGAUGCUGCAAGAUUGGCCAAAUCAGAACCAGUUAAUGCCAGUGCAGGAAACCCAACUGUGAAUGCAGCUUCUGAAGCAGAUGAUUCUGCAAGAAUGGCAACUUUGGCUUCAACCUCUGAGGCCACUGUGACUUCAACCUCUGAGGCAACUGAUUUGGGAAGAUUGGCAAAAGCAGCACCUGAUACAGCUGAAACAGGACUGAACACAGUGAUCCCAGAUUUGGCCAAAUCAGAACCGGAUUGCAUCUGCAACUGCAACACAACAAUAGCUUCAGAGUCAGCAAAAGCAGAACAGGAUACAGCACAGAACAGAACGGAACUGGACUCUGCAAAUACAGUGAUCCCAACUGUAGCCAAAUCAGAACCAGUUAACACUGAUGCAGAGAACACAACAACUGUGAACGCAACUUCUGAUGCUGCAAGAUUGGCCAAAUCAGAACCGGUUAAUGCCAGUGCAGGAAACCCAACUGUGAAUGCAGCUUCUGAAGCAGAUGAUUCUGCAAGAAUGGCAACUUUGGCUUCAACCUCUGAGGCCACUGUGACUUCAACCUCUGAGGCAACUGAUUUGGGAAGAUUGGCAAAAGCAGCACCUGAUACAGCUGAUCAGCUGAUCCCUGAAGCAGGCAACCCAUCUGUGUCCGCAGAUGAUGAUUCUGCCAGAAUGGCAACUGUGGCCACACCAUCAACCCCAGCUGAAAAAGCAGACAAAUUGGCAACUGCUACCAUCACUUCAACCACAGCAGCUUCUCUGGCAGCUUGAGAAUGCUAAUUAGAUAUUUCCAUAGUUUAGUUUAUAGUUUAGGACUUUUUAUAGUUUAGGAUUUUCUAUAGUUUAGUAAGGAGUAAAUUUCAAAUCUUAACACCACUUUUUGUAAACUCGGAUCACUGUGAAAUUGUAAUUCAAUUUAGACACUUCAGGGAGUAAAUUUCAAAUCUUAACACCGCUUAUUGUAGACUCAGAUCACUGUGAAAUUGUAAUUCAAUUUAGACACUGUAAGGAGUAAAUUUCAAAUCUUAACACCACUUAUUGCAAACUCGGAUCACUGUAAAUCUGUAAUUCAAUUUAGACACUUCAGGGAGUAAAUUUCAAAUCUUAACACCACUUAUUGUAAACUUGGAUCACUGUGAAAUUGUAAUUCAAACUUUCAGUGACACAUUCCUUGGAAGGAACAAGAUUUUGCUUAGGGAACAAGACAUUUAUUUUGCAGAACCGUAACCUAUUCAACUUAUAUCAAAAUUUAACCAAGGAAACAACACAAUAUUGAGAAACUUGGCCUUUCUUUUGGAACUAUUUAUAUGAGAAUGUAACCUAUUUGUUGGAAACUAUUUUAUAUCGAAAUGUAACCUAUCUUUUGGAAACUAUAUUGAAAUAGAAAAAUAAGAAUGCCACAGUAUGGUAAUCCAUACUGCUUCAUGUGUAUAAUAUCAUGUAUAGAAUCUCAUGUGUGGAAUGUUAUGUGUAUAAUCUCAUGUAUAGAAUCUCUUUCCUUUAGAACCAACAUGAAUGUUCACAGAAAACAAGGCAAUUACUAACAGUAUAUCCAGUAUAUAAUUUAAUAAAAAUACUUUUUUCAAAGACGCAACUUUAGUACCUAGUUACAGUGAUGGCAGAUUUAAUAGAAGGCAUAUUAAUGGUAAUUGGAGUUAAACUUUGAAACUAGUAUUUUUGUAACUGUUUAGUUUAGUUUAGGAUUAAUAAUAAUUAUAAGUAACUGAGUGAUCAACUCAUCAAGACGAGACUGGACAUUUAUUCCUAAUAACUCAUUAUAUAUAUUUUUCCCUAUUUAUAACUUAUUUUUAUUUUUUAUAAUAACUUAUUUUUAUUUUUAUACUCCAUGUUAUGAUUAUAGUGGUUUUAAGUUGAAUGAACAUUUCUUACUAUUCAUAAUUAAUUAUCAUACGGUAGUACAUUAAUUUUCUAGUUUGUAAGCAUUUUUUACUAUUCCAAAUAACUUAUUCUAUUAUUAGUUGAUAAUCAUAGAUAAUAAGCAUUUUUACUAUCCUUAUCAAUUUAAAGUGUAGGUUAAUUGUAGGUUUAGUUCACAGGUAUCAUUCAGGUUCAAUUCAUUUUUUUAUUACAUCCAAAAACCAAAAUCUUGCAAGUUCUUUGGGAUGUGGGUUACUAUGGGGGGUUUGGAGUAGAAGGGGAUGAAGAAGUUUUUGGGGUUCAAAGGGAGGUUGGAAUUUUUGGAAAAGUGUGUAAUUUUUCAAUUUAAAUUUCAAAAAUCUAACCAAAGCAGUUGAAAUUUCUGGUUAGGAGAAGAGUAUUGAUAAAUUUUCAAAUUGAAAGCUGAGUUAUAUGACAGAUGUGAUAUCCAUUGAGGUAACCCCUUUUUGAACCUUGAAAAUUCAAUAGAAUAUACGAUAACAGAGAGCAAUUUUUCUGAUUUUGAAGCAAAACCUAAUCUGUGUUAAAUUUGAAGUGUGUUUAUGUGUUACAAAACUAUAUAUUGUGUAUGUAAGCUUGUUGAUUACAUACCGCUAAAUGUGUAUUAUCAAUCUGUAACAAUCUGUGUAUUUUUGAAUUUAUAUGUUGCUAAAUGUUUUUGACUUGGGAUGAUAAAAUAUUCAUCUCAACACAAUUGAAUACAAGAAAGACUACUGUAAUAAAUUAUUGAUGAGAUUUUUGAGCUGGUUUAACAUCACUAUAGUCUGAGUAGAAUAAGUUGAGUCCUGGUGCUGACCUGAUAUCGACGGUGUUGCCAGAUUUUGUGAAAUUGUUCUCAACUGAAUGUGUUCAAUGUGACAACACCGCAGUUCUAUCUCACACGAAUUUAGUAAUAAUUAAUCAUUGUCAAUAAAUAAUGGAUGAUAGCUUGCACAAUGAUGAAUGAUGUACAAUCUGGCAACGCCGAAAUUCGGUCAGCUGGUAACUGAAAUCUCAAAUAAUUUUAUUCAGACAUAUUCUUACUAUUAAUAUUCAUUCAGUUUUACAGUAUUAGUAAUAACCAUGUAUGUUUGUUCUUAUGAAACUUGUGUACAAUAUUCUCCAUGAUUAAGAUGUGAAAUAAUUAACCAGCACAAAAUUUAUCAAGUUAAUUACGUUUGAAUGAUAUUUGAAGUGGUAUUUUUCAAUAUUGAUUCCCUAUUAUGUGUGUAAUUAGAUUUAGAUUUGAUUCAAUAUAUAUGUAUUCAUGAUUAAUACUCACAUUUAUUAUUAUUGUCGAUGAGUGAGUUAUUACUAAUCAAAGUAAUUUUUAAUUAAAUAAAUUCGAAUGCUAUCUAUUUCAUGAAUUUAA